AUAAAGACACGACUGUCACUUGGUCAGGAGACAAGGACAUGUGGCCUUAUUACAGAAGCUAAAAUGUGUCAAUUAUAAUUGUGUGCAUCUGGCCUAAGGGUACAAACUGGACGAAAGACCAGAGCAUUUUUGCAGGUAAAUCUGGAGUGGCAAAUCCAAACCAAAUCAUGCAGUUUUUGGUGCAGACCUUCAGUUUCAGAUUAUUAAAGUAAAUUAUAAAAAUUACAAUGUAUUUUAAAUUUACUAUUUUCCUAGGAGCCUUCUGGCUUCUAUAGGUGAACUUUAGCAAACUGUAGACAGGCAGCAACGUUCUUUUGAAGAGCAGCUCCUUACAAUCCUGCAAUGCCCACCAUUGGUGUUCAGUGUCCUCCUAAUUGAGAAAUACUUUAAUUGCAUAGAGGUUACCAUUAGUUCUGUUGUGACCUCAUGUACCUUGGGUUCCUUUGUGACCUUAUGGUCUAUGCUCCUUGCACUUGGUAUGAUUUUAGCUGGUUGAUAACCUCUGGGGAGGGUAAUAAUGACCUUGAAUUAGUAAACAAUUUGUCUGAUUGUGUAUUGGUGGAGUCCAACGUCUUGAUGCUUUUGUAACAUUUUCCAGCUUGAUAAGCAUCAAUAACUUUCCUUCUGAGAACAAAAAUGUCCUUUGUUUGUGGCAUCACACAUACACUUCUACAAAUAAGCUGUGAAAAUCAGACUUUGGUGGACCCCUAUUGUUAAAGGCUGUGCGGAAAAACCUAUAUAAUAGAAAAUUCUAACUUCCUCUUUUCUGACAUUUAGGAAAGAAAACACAAGAUGAAGAUGAAUGUCACCCACCAGCAUAACAUGGAGGAGUUCACUCUCCUCGGACUGGACACUUUCCCCAGGCUGAGUAUUGUCCUGUUCAUCCUCCUCUUCCUCGUCUACAUUCUUAUACUGCUCGGCAAUCUUCUCAUCAUAGUUACGGUGCAUUUUGAGGCCCGUCUCCAUUCAGCCAUGUAUUAUUUCCUCAGCAAGUUAUCCUUGGUAGACCUGUGCUAUGCAUCCGUGACUGUCCCAAAGAUGCUGGUCGACUUUCUAUUACAAAAAAACACAAUCUCCCUCAACUCCUGUAUCACUCAGCUCUUUUUCUUACACUUUUUCGCCGGAACUGAGUGCAUCCUUCUUACCGUCAUGGCGUAUGACCGUUAUGUUGCCAUAUGUAACCCUUUACGGUAUUCUAGUAUUAUGAAAAGGACCACCUGUCACUUGCUGGAAGCUGUGUGCUGGGCCGUAAGCUUUUUCCACUCCAUCAUCCAGAUAAUAUUAACCCGUCAACUGAAGUUCUGUGGGCCAAACAGAAUCGACCAUUUCUUCUGUGACAUCCAUCCCUUGUCUGUAUUAUCCUGCUCCGAUAUCUUCAUCAUUGAGAUUGUAUUUGUGGCAAACAGCGGCAUGAUAGCCACCCUGGGUUUUAUCGUCUUGCUCAUCUCCUACAUAGGGAUUAUCAGAACCGUAGUAAACAGCAAAUCUGCAGAAGGGACAAGCAAAGCCUUUUCCACCUGUGCCUCCCAUCUCAUUGUGGUCACCCUGUUCUUCGGCCCUUCCGUCUUCAUCUACUUGAGGCCCUCUGUAUCUUAUGCGGCUGAUAAAAUGGUGUCAAUAUUUUAUACAGUGCUGACACCUUUAUUAAAUCCGAUCAUAUAUACUCUGAGAAACACGGAGGUAAAGGCGGCCAUCAAGUCAUUCUUGGGAAAGAGACUGUGCAGGAGGAGCUGAAUGACUCUUUAUUCGUGAAAUACCAAUAAACAAGAGAACUACAUUGACUUGCGUGUCUUCUCCUGCUUGGUCGUUGUCUUACUUCCCUGUACUUUUCAUGAUCAGAAGAAUGUUUCACUGGGUUUUCUAGGUUAAUAUAAAAAAGAAGUUCCAAUUAUUAUAUGUUGUGUUUCAAUUCUUCAUCAAUUUCAUGAGGAUUUUGCUGUCACUGAAUAAAUUCACGUUUGCUUGACUUAUCAAUUUUGUCAACUUUUUCAGCAACUUAAAGGG